AUGUCGAGCCGCAAACGGGUCCGAAAGGCUGAAAGCGACGAUGAUGAUGAUGGAGCGACGUGGGCCUGUCAAUCGUGCACAUUUCAAAAUCGAUACGACACAUUUCGUUGCGAGAUGUGCGAAUCGAGGCGCGGAACGUCGACAAGAAAAGCGAGGCUGAGCGAGAACGUUGUGGAGAUGCAAAAAACGGUGCAUGAUAUGAUGUUGAAGCAGGCAGAAAAGGAAAGACAAAUAAGGCGAAAAGAGCAAAACUUGUUUCGGUCGCUGACGCCUGCAUCUUCGACAAGAGGAGCCAGUCCGGCAUUGUCGCAACGAAGUGGAUCACCGAAUCCACGAUCGAAUAGCUCAACUAGGAAAAGUACGCCGGUAUCGAAUGGAAAAGUGAAAAAGGAGGAGAUGAAGCGGAGAACGUGCGUAAAGGAAAACACCCCGAAGCCGGAGUCGAGACGAACAAAACGGGAGGCAGCGGAUAUUGUUGAUCUCAAGAAGGUAAAAGAGGAGCCCUCCGAAUCACCGUCGGAUUCCAAAAAAAUGGCAAAAGAGCUGAAAAUGGAGAAGAAGUUUUCGUUGCCGCUUGAGAAAUCACCAAAUAGUCCGCCGGUUAUAAAGAAGGAGAUUGGAGUUAUGGAGGACGCUUCGAAAUUGAAACCGUCAACAUCAAAAGCUAACGACGAUGUGAUAAUGAGUCCGCCACCAACGUUAUCAAAGCAUACCACGCCAUUGAAACGACCAAGCGCUCCAUCAACUCCUAAUUUGAGCCCAGCGAAUUCCAGACAAUCUUAUGAGACAGAUUUAUCAUCGGACUCGUCAAGUUCAUUAGCUAGAAGCCUUGAGCCACCAUCAGAUGAGCGGCGACAAAUAAGCGCAUCGCGGAGAAUUCCAGACUACAAAAUUCAGCGAGACAUCGCCAAGAAAAUUGUAAUUGAGGUUAAUGGAAUUCCCGCGGUGUUUUAUGAAUUCGCCAGGCGAAUUCCACCCAACAAUGCGGCGGCUGCUUCAAAUUCAAGUUAA